CUCAUUCAAAAAAAAAAAAAUAAUAAAAUAAAAAAAAAUAAUAAUAAUAAACAAUCAUGUCUAAAGAAACAUAUGAAGAUACUGAAAAAAUACAAGAACCUGAUGAAAUGAAACUUGAACAAGAAAAUCAGGAACAAGGUCAUGGUGGUGAUACGGCUUUGGCAAAUGCACCUUGGAAAUUCAAGAUUAUAGCUCUUUCUACAGCACUUAUGUUUCCUGUUGGUUCUCAUUUCUCAGCAAGUGCUAUUAGUGCAAUGAAGGUUACUGUCAAAACGCAAUUGAACAUUGACAAUACGAGAUAUGGCGUUUUAUCUUCAGCUGUAGCUAUCAUUAAUACAAUCUUUCCUAUCGUAGGUGGUAUGUUUAUUGAUAUGUUUGGUUCCAUUUGGGGUACUUUGGCCGUCAACUUGAUUAUUAUUGUUGGAAGUCUUUUAACUGCCAUUGCUGCCAAAUACAAAUCGUUUGCUCUCAUGGUGGUAGGUCGUGUGGUGUUUGGCAUUGGUUCAGGUCUGAUUGUGACUAUGCAAGAAUCGCUUUUGUCUAAAUGGUUCCGUACACAACAUUUAUCUUUUGCCAUUGGUCUUCAACUUUCAAUCAGUCGUUUAUCUACUUUUUUGGGUACGUUGGUGUCGAAUCCUAUUUCUCAGGCUACAGGUGAUUGGGUAUGGCCCUUUUGGCUGGCUCUUUUCUUUUGUGUCUUCUCCAUCUUGAUGAAUCUUGUUUAUGCUGGUGUGGUGAAGCACUUGCGUGGCCAAGCGACCUUGACGAAAUCUGAACUCAAUAAACUCAAACAAAAGAAAACAUUUCAUUGGCGUUCCGUAUUCAAGUUCCCUCAUAUCUUUUGGUUGAUUAUCUUGAUUGAAUUUAUUUAUGCUGCUGUAUGGUCUGCUUUCCAAACCAUUGCUACUGAAUUGGUCCAAGUGCAUUUCGGUACAACCAGUGUCUUGGCAGGUUAUAAAGCAAGUGCAUCUCAAGUCGUUCCUAUUGUGGCUACUCCUUUGCUUGGUCUCUUUAUGGAUUUCUACGGUUUUCGAGUAGUGAUUCUUUUGAUAUCGGCUAUAUUUUUAUUACUAUCAUCUGGUUUACUUGGUUGGACAUAUGUGGAUGCCGUGGUUGGUAUGGUAUUCUAUUCUAUCUCGUUGGCUUUUGGUCCUAUUGCUAUGAUCACAUCGAUUGGUAUGUUACUUCCUUCGGAUUAUAUAGGUACUGGGUUAGGGAUCUAUAAAAGUUCAAACAACAUUGGUACGUCUAUCUUGGAUAUCGUCGUAGGUGUCAUCCAGGACAAUACUGCAAAACAAGCAUAUACUGGCGUCAUGCUUUUAUUUAUGGUUUUGGCUGCUAUAGGUUUUGUCUUGAUCAUCGGUUUAUGGGCUGUUCAAAAAUGGAAAUACAACAAUCUUUUGGAAUGCACAAAAGCUAAACGUUUGGAUCGUAUGAAGGAUAUCAAUGAUAAGGAAUUGGAAUUGACAAGACAAGGACUCGACGCUUAUUCCAACACACCUGUUGUCAAACUCAACUAUUUGUAUGUUGGUACUUUCCUUUCUGCUCUUUUGGUGGCCUGGGUUUUGUUCUUUGUUUACGCUGUCAAUCGUCAUAUUGCUCUUUAGUCCCUCUCUCUCUCUUUUUUUUUUUUUAUUUU